AUGGCAUUUGCUUCUCCUCUGGAAUUCACCACUCAGCUAUCUUCCACAGCUAAGAGAAGCAAUCUUCCAGUACUACUCCCACAAUCAGUAGGCCCCACCAAACCGGUACGCCGAUCAGUGUCCGCUUACACCUCUCAGAACGGCGCCGUGCCGCGUAGACCCGUCCAACGUCUCAGAGUAGCUUACCAAGGUGUUCCAGGUGCAUACAGCGAGUUUGCAGCUAAGACCGCCUGCCCGGACUGCACUGCCGUCCCUUGCAAGGCCUUCAUCGAUGCGAUUACGGCCGUCGAGGCCGGCUAUGCCGACCGAGCCAUUGUUCCUGUCGAGAGCACUUUGGAAGGGACUACAGUCCGUAAUUACGAUCUUCUGUUGCACCAUGAUCUGAGAAUUGUGCAGGAAAUCAAUCUGUUUGUGCACUACUGCUUGCUGGCGAUGCCGGGAGUUCGAAAGGGGGAGCUUAAGAAGGUAAUCAGCCACCCAGUAGCACUAGCCCACUGCGGUCGCAACCUGAACCAGCUCGGUCUCAACGGUGAGGCAGUCGAUGACACGGCUGGGGCCGUCGAGCUUCUUCUCUCUAACCGUAUGCUCGACACGGCCGCGAUCGCAAGCUCACGAGCUGCGCUCCUAUACGGCUUAAACGUGCUAGCCCAUGGAUUUCAGGACGAGUCGUGGAACGUCACCCGCUUCUUGAUUCUAUCCAAAGACCCGGUUGUAGCCCGACUGAGCCUAUUUGGGCUUAAAACCAGUAUGGUUAUUGCCCAUAGUGGCAUGAUGCUGACAGUCCUCUUAGGCGUCCUCUCGGCUUUCUCGUCUCGCAAUAUCAAUCUCACUAAGCUGGAGAUGAACCCCUCUUCAGAGGUCGAUGGGCCGAUAUCGAUAUUGGAUGUUCAAGGAGGAGGGUCUAUCAAGGAAUUCCCUCAUGUUGUAUUCGUCGAUUUUGAGGGCUCAGUGGAUGAACAGAAGGUAAAAGACGCGAUAGAUGAGAUUUCUAAGUUAUCUGUAUUUGUUCGAAUCUUGGGCUGCUACUCUGCUGAUCCUAAUAUCUAUGAUCUCCACUAA